AUGUGGCGCCUGCCUGCUGUGUUGUUGUCGUCAUCAGUGUUGGCAGCUGUGGUGAUGGUGAAGACAGAGGAGGAGAGUGAGUGGCAUCAGGUGCUGGCCAUGUACUGGAAGGUGAUGGUGUGGAACGUGUGGACGUGGGCGCUCUUGUGUGUGUUCAACAUGAGUGAGGACAUCCAUGACUGGCACACCCUCACCUACUGUGUGCUCCAGCUGUGUGGUGACAAGCUGUGCUGUGUCACCCAGAACUGCUGGUACUCUUCUCUGCUCCUCCCCCUGCUGUUUGCUUCAAUUCUGCACAGCUCUGACAUUGUGUUGUGUGUGUUGUGUGUUGUGUUGUGA